AUUGAUGGGACUUGUUACACGGGUCAGUUCGAGAACGGACUCUUCAACGGCUGUGGGAUGCUGGUCUUCCCUGAUGGAUCCAGGUACGAAGGAGACUUCAUUCAGGGAAAGUUCCAAGGCGCAGGCGUCUUCAGUUGUUUUGACGGGAUGAAGUUCGAAGGAGAGUUCAAGAGUGGAUGUGUGCAGGGAUACGGUAUGCUGACGUUCGCUGACGGAGGUCCGGAAAGAGGGGGAGGAGGAGGAGGAAGAGGAGGAGGAAGAGGAGGGACGAGUCACGAGGGUCUGUUUGAGAGAGGCCAGCUGGUGGGCAGAGAGGGGUGCCAGGGCACGGUGCAGCGGGCACAGGGGGCAGCCGCCAAGGCACGGGCUCUCUCCAUGUGACCUGCAGCUAGGGUGCGCUACUCAGGGAGCACUUCACUAUCAUACUCACACUCUUCUUUUUCUUCAUUCAUCUCAUUCUGUUCUCUGUCUUUACGGUUGUACUCCUCUGUACACAGUGUACAAAACAUUAAGAACGCCCUUGCUCUCAGAAGAGCCUCAGUUCGUUGGGGGCCUGGAUUCUACAAGGUGUCAAAAGCGUUCCACAGGGAUGCUGGCCCAUGUUGACUGCAAAUGCUUCCCACAGUUGUGUCAAGUUGAGUGGAUGUCCUUCGGGUGGUGGACCAUUCUUGAUACACACAGGAAACUGUUGAGCGUGAAAACCCCAGCAGCGAUGCAGUUCUUGACACACGCAAACCGGUGCGCCUGGCAGACUCAGACUUUUGAUUGUCUCUAUUAAAAAGAGGAGGAUCCCAUCAGCUAUCUGUAGGCUAACUAUAUUUAUUUCUCAACUCUGCUAAUAUUAAGCAUAUUGCUUCGCUUUACAAUCGGAGUAGCCUACCUAGCUGGCAUGAAAAUGAACCGUGGGAAAAGUGCCUUCCGUUCGCUAUUCAAGUGCAUAUGGCUGAGAGGUACAUGAUAAUGGCCCAUUCUAAACCAAAAUUAAUCUCACUCAAAUAUUAUUUAGCAUAUGUAAAGGCAAGAUUAAAUUGAGAAUAGUCUGAUGGGUGACAAUAUUAUCCCUUGUGAAUGAUGCCCAGUGUGUGCAAUCUAAGGCAAGAAACAGUGGGGGACUUUUAUUAGAUUAUAGUCGCAUGCAUUGUGUGGUCUAGCCCAUAGGCCUAUAUGUUUUGAUAAGGUUUGUAAUCACAACAAAAGUGUCCAAAUAACUCCAAAAGUAGCCUCUAAGCCCAAGACCCCUGGAACAUGGUUGUAGUGCCCAUAGCCUACAGAGCCUAGUGAAACCUGUUCUUAUAAGCCAUCAUUGUGCGAUCUCGUGUGAAAACAGUUUUGACUGGACACCAUUUAAAAGAAGAUCCCAGCUUUCUCUUACUGCUAUAUUUAUUGCUUAAUUCUUCAAAUUAAGUUCAUUAAUCCGCUUUAUAAACAGUGUACCCUACUAAAUAAUUCCACACAUAUAUUAAUAGGCUAUAUGUAAAGACCAGAUUAAAUUGAGAAUAGCGCUUGUCGAGUAGUGAAUGAGAGACUGAUGAAGUGUGUGCAGCCUGCGUAAGAAACACAGCAGAGUACUUCCCUUUCAUUAUCCAGCGCUUGUCGAGUAGUGAAUGAGAGACUGAUGAAGUGUGUGCAGCCUGCGUAAGAAACACAGCAGAGUGCUUCCCUUUCAUUCAGCUUUUUUCAGAUCAUCGUUUGUCGCAUCAUACGGCCUUAGAAUGCAUUCAAAUUCUAAACAUAUAGCCCAACGUUUGUAUCACAGCUAAAGUUGAAUGAAUAAAUAAAUGAAGCAUACAGGAAGUCCUGUUCCUUUGUUAACCGCUCAACACAGAAUAGCCAUAUGGGCGCAGUCCCUUGGAAACAUUUUGGAAAAAAUAUCCUUUCUAUUUUAUUUAGCUGUGUUCAAUUGUAUUGUUCUUCAUGUAAAAUAAUAUAAAAUAAUGCCACGGGAAUGAUAAACUAAUCCAGUCUGCAAAAUGAACUAGUGUCGCCCACAGCCAUAUGGCAUAGCCAGAUCAGAGCCGUAUCAUAAGGACAACUCAGAGUGUUAUUCAGUUCUUCUGUUCUUCUAAAAUAGGCAACAUUUUCUUCACGUCAACAUGUUUCUUUAGACCUGCCUAAAAUGAAUAAUAGAUGUAUUGUGAUGGUGUAGGCUAUAUUACGUGGAUGUAUUGUACUUUAUAAAUGUAGACUUUCGAAAAGGUCCGCAUCAGUGGCUUGUAGGCUGUGCAUUGAAGCUGGAGAUGCUAAACAUGUUUAUGCUAAUCAGCGGUCAAUUACCGUGAGAUCGGCAGUUAUCUGCAUGACAAUCACCAGCUGACGAAAUGUGAUGACCGCCACGGCCCCAUGUACACUGUAUAUUCCCUUCUUUUCUUUCUCUCUCUUUUCUUUCUUUAUCUUGAUCUGUGUUUUUUCCUCACCCCUCUUUGUGUCCACAUCCUCCUCUAUCCACGUCUUUCCAUUCCUCUCUACGUCUACAUCAUGUGUUUUCCCCUCUGGUUGUGCCUGCUUGGUGCGCUUACAUGUCAUUAGACUUUACCCUCCACAUCACAGUCAACCAACGAGCUACUGAAUCUGAUCCAGGAUCUGCUGAGCCAAAACCCACACCUCCUCCUCGUUCCUAACCAUUCAUUCAACAUACGGUGCUACCUACCUACUGCUAAAUGUGUUCCCAGAUCAGCUCUAACCGACACCAACCGCAACUACUCAGGAGUUGAAACUAGUGUCCAAGCAGGCAGAGACCAUAUUUGGAUCUGUCACAUUUCCAUCACAGGGUUUUACACCGGUGCUUGGCCUAAAGACUCAGACUUUACACCGGUGCUUGGCCUAAAGACUCAGACUUUACACCGGUGCUUGGCCUAAAGACUCAGACUUUACACCGGUGCUUGGCCUAAAGACUCAGACUUUACACCGGUGCUUGGCCUAAAGACUCAGACUUUACACCGGUGCUUGGCCUAAAGACUCAGACUUUACACCGGUGCUUGGCCUAAAGACUCAGACUUUACACCGGUGCUUGGCCUAAAGACUCAGACUUUACACCGGUGUCCCUGUGGAAAAGCAGCUUAAGAGGCCAGAGACUCAGUAUUAAGAGGCCAGAGACUCAGUAUUAAGAGGCCAGAGACUCAGUAUUAGAGGCCAGCAUUAGAAGAAUUCAUACUCUGUGCCACAUAACAUGGCUCAAUCUGUUCUGGGGUCAGCUGACUGAAACGCCAUUAUCUUAAUGCCAACCAACCAUACUGUGCCAAGAGACUGGAGCAGGACCUUGGAGCUGAUUCCAGAUCAGUGGAUCUCAAUAAAUGCCUCACUAGGGACUGGAGUACUCCCCUGGUAGCAAGCAGGACAGAAUAUUUUCCCUGAUCAUGUGAUCUGCCCAAAAUCUCCAGGCUUGAAUUAUUGUUGUCUAAGUCCCUACUGGUCCGGUCACAUGGUUAGGGAAAGCUCCUGUCCCUGGUUAUAGCUACUGUGUUGGGAGGUUCGGAAGGACUAUUGAUGUGUAGGUAGGGAUGAUGGUAGGGGGGGUAUUUUCAUUGGGUGGUAAGGGAUGGUGGCCAUAUUGGGACAAAUGACAAGUAUGUCUGCAUUAAGAUGACACUAGUGCAAUUUGAUAAAGAUAUUUAGCACUUUAACUUUGGGAUGCAAUCGUCCUUAAAUAAGGGUUUAGAAACAGAGAGGAGAAUACUAAACUACUGCUGUGUCUGUCAUAGGGUUAUGGGCCCUGGUCAAAUGUAGUGCACUAUAUAGGGAAUAGGGUGCCAUGGGGAUAAAGUCGGACAGUGGAGCACAGGUUUUGAUUUGUCAACAACUUCAUCACACAGAAGAAAACCACCAUUACAAGAACACACAGAUUCACUUCCUGUAUAGCUGUUCCCUUCCUGUAUCUGACAAAUAUGUCAUCUAUUUUUUACGAUGAAUAAGAUUAAAUGUUUAAUGUCAGUGUGUGUUUUUACAGAAAAAAAGUUUUGAACUUAACUAAUCUCAAGUUUUGUGAACAGUCAUGCUAGUGACUAACACACAUUUCACACGUGGUAUGAUGAUGUGACAUUGUGCCUGUUAAGCGAGAGUUGUCUGUGUGUAUAUGUAG